AUGUUACAAAGACCGCGAUCUUUUCAGUUACUUGCCAAUGCGCAUGGUGCAAGGGCGCACCAAGGCACGAACGCCAUGGCUACUACUCCUACGGCAAUCCACGCUGCUUCGCUCUUCUUCCCUCCCACUCCGACCAUGGCGCCGGCCCCUCGGAAGCCAUUGCCGUUGCUCCUCCUCUCCUUCUCCUUCCCCGUCCUCCUCCUACUCCUCUCCCUUGUCUUCCUCCUAUCGCACACCACCUUCAGCCUCCUCCUCUGCCCUCUCCUGCCGCAGUCACCUUCGAGGUCAGCAAAUGCCACAACGACCGGCGCUGCCGCCGCCGCCGCCGCUGGCCUUGACGUCUCCAUGGACAGGACCCUGCUCGCGUUUCACGUCUCGGCUUCGCCACCGCCGCCGGUGCCUCCUCCCCCUCUUGCACCUACUCCACCGGUUAAGAGUAAGAAGAACAGCAAGAAAUCCUCCACGAAGCGAAACAAGGGCCUCUUCAAGCGCCUGAUCAGGCAAGCUCCCCGGACGCGGCAGUUCGCGGCGCGCACUGCCGAGCUCUUCGCGCCGCCGUCACCGCAGCGGCCGUGUGCGCACCGCUUCUUCAUGACGUGGCUGUCCCCGCUCGAGAAGUUCGGAAGCCGCGAGGCCCUCGUCCUGGAGACCCUCUUCCGGUGGCACCGCGACGCCUGCCUCCUCAUCGCCUCCGACACCAUGGACUCCCCGGUCGGCAGCGACAGGCUCCGGCCGUUCCUCGACCGCGGCUUCCGCGUCCGCGCCGCGUCGCCGGACUUGGUGCACCUCCUGCGCGGCACGCCGGCGGAGUCGUGGCUCGGCGCGGUGCGGCGCGGGGAGGUCAGCCCGGGGAGCGUGCCGCUCGGGCAGAACCUCUCCAACCUCCUCCGCCUCGCGCUGCUCUACAAGUACGGCGGCGUCUACCUCGACGCCGACGUCGUCGUCCUCAGGCCCCUGUCGGGCCUCCGCAACGCCAUCGGGGCGCAGGCCGUGGACGCGGCCACCGGCGACUGGAUGCGGCUGAACAACGCCGUGAUGGCGUUCGACCGGGGCCACCCGCUGCUGCGCGAGUUCAUCGCCGAGUUCGCCGCCACGUUCGACGGCAGCAAGUGGGGACACAACGGGCCCUACCUGGUGUCGAGGGUGACGCGCCGGAUGCCGGAGCUCGACGUCACGGUGCUGCCGCCGCGGGCGUUCUACCCCGUGGACUGGAACAAGAUCGGCGGGCUGUUCAUGGCGCCCAAGGACAGGAAGGAGGAGAAGUGGGUGCAGGCCAAGGUGGACAACAUCAGAGGUGGGAGCUUCGGCAUCCAUCUGUGGAACAGGGAGAGCAGAGGGAUCGAAAUGGAGGAGGGGAGCGUGAUCCGAAGGUUGAUUUCGGACGGCUGCUUGUUCUGCAAUUCUUCCGUCGUUGCAUGA